CCAUCUGAUCCGAGCGCCCACUCUCAACAUUACACAAAAACAGAGCAACCUCGGCACUCACUCUGCUCACCACCACCUCCCAUGGACUCCUCUUUCUCCAUCUUCCACUCUCUCGCCUCCGAUUUCUCCUCCGAUUCCUCCGAUUCCUUCUUCUCCUCCAACUUCCACAACUCUUAUCUCCCCUUCAACGAGAAUGACCCCGACGAGAUGCUCCUCUACGGCAUGAUUUCCGAGGCCAACAACGACUCUUUCCCUUCCGUCAAGGACGAGGAGGUCAGCUCCGAGUCCGACGCCACUGCUUCUGCGGCAGCCGCACCCGCCAAGGAUAAGAGCUACAGAGGCGUGCGGCGGCGUCCCUGGGGAAAAUUCGCCGCCGAGAUAAGGGACUCCACCAGGCACGGCAUAAGGGUUUGGCUGGGGACCUUCGAUAGUGCGGAGGCGGCGGCUUUAGCUUACGACCAAGCCGCGUUUUCCAUGAGAGGAUCGGCCGCCAUACUGAAUUUCCCGGUGGAGAGGGUGAGGGAGUCCCUGAAGGAGAUGAACUACGGAUCAGAAGACGGUUGCUCGCCGGUGGUGGCUCUGAAGAGAAAGCACUCGUUGAGACGAAAAGUGAAUAGCAACAAGAAGAAGAACAAGUCGGACUGCAGAGAUGUAAGAAUAGACAAUGUGGUGGUGCUGGAAGAUCUCGGCUCAGAUUACUUGGAGCAACUAUUGAUGUCCUCAGAGAAUCCGAGGCCAUCAGAACCUCUCUGCCUCAAUGUUCAUUAAUUCUUUCCUUCCUUCCUUCCUUCCCUUCUUGUAAUCUUACAAUCACAAGUAUUUUGUAUUAUGAUAAUGAUCGUAUUUGGAGAUCAUUUGAGUAUGUAUGUUUUCCUCUGUUAAUGCAAGGAAUUAUCUACUCGCCUUGCUUUAUUGUUACUAUAUUUUUUUUUUUUUGGGGGUGACGUGAAGUUCAAAGGACAGGGGAUCGCGAUGAGUCCUGUGAGGGCUGUGUUAUGUCUUGAUUAAAUUCGAGGAGGUUUAGUCG